AUGCCAUACUCUUUACCCGGCUUAAUAGAGAGAGCAUGUAGCCCUUCUCGUUUCGACCCUAAUCUCGCUGUAAAUAUGGAAGUUUGCGAAACAAUCAACAAAAAGCAAGGCAGUGCCCCAAGAAUCGCUGCUCAGGCAAUUGUGCGACUUGUCAAUAGCAUCAAAGUGAAUCAAGCCAUGCUGGCCCUUACCUUGCUGGACAAUUGCGUCAAGAAUUGCGGAUAUCCCUUCCAUCUUCAAAUCGCAUCCAAAGAGUUUUUGAACAACCUCGUUCGCCGAUUUCCUGAACGCCCGCCUGCUCGAUAUGCGCCUAAUCCUGUUCAAUCAGCACCAGAAAAUCAAUGGAAUCACUUUGACUAUGUUCCGCCUCAGCAGUUCAUCGCCAAUCCUGUGAUUGAUCGUAUCCUGUACUUGAUCAAAGAGUGGAAGGUCGCUUUGACUGAAUUAUCGCGAUACAAGGAAGACAUGGGGCACAUCAAAGACAUGUACCGAUUACUGAAAUUCAAAGGCUAUCAGUUUCCAGAACUUCGAGAUUCUUCAAUUGCCGCUUUAGCUCCUACAGAGACGUUGAAGUCAGCUCAUGAAUUGGAGGAAGAGGAUCGUUUGGCCAAAUCAGCUAAACUGCAGGAACUGAUCCGUCGAGGAAGACCACAAGACCUUGUAGAAGCCAACAAAUUGAUGAAAAUCAUGACUGGAUAUGAUCAAAAACAUCAAACCAAUUUCAAGGAAAAGUUUGCAGAGGAGUUACACAAGAUUCAAAACAAAGCACGUCUAUUGUACGAAAUGUUGGACAACAUGAAGGAGGGCGAUAUCAUUGAAGAGGAAGGCACAAUGGAAGAGCUCAAGAAUGCCUGCGAAAGUGCUCUGCCAAAGAUCAAGAACAUGCUCAAGGACGAAGAGGACGAGAGCAAGAUUGAUGAGUUGAACGAGGUCAAAUCCAUCAUCAAGGGUGUCGUGCUCAAGUAUCAGGAUAUCAAGCACGGCCGAUAUGACACGGAAUACGACAUCAGUGGUAACUUCAAGAGCGAAACCAACAGUCUGUCAGAUAAGAGUGCACCGCCUCCAGCCAUUAGCUUAAUUGAUUUGGAUGACGCUUUUGAAAACACCUCAUCCUCCUCCUCCCCUUCGGCUGCUGCGUCCUCAUCAAAGAACGCCUUGGAUGAACUAGCAGACAUCUUUGGUGAAAAAACAACAGUAUCCUCUACCAGCACAAGCGCACCACAGCAGUCGAUGGAUCCAUUCGAUUUAUUAUCACAAUCUAUCCUGUCAAACACGCUUCCUCCCUCAAGUCCCAACUUAUCUCAUCUCAAUCAUACCACAUCAUCUUCGCCCACUCUCACUCAUACUACCACUACUACUACAGCAUCAAGCUCUCCUGUCUCUCAAAAAGCAAAGAUUCAGAAAUUCAUCAACUUGGUCAACAAGAACGGUCUCUCCAUUCAAUUAGAAGCCUACUCAGUAGGCGAGUUAUGGAAACUAAAGGCUUACUAUUCCAACAAGUCGACUGCGCCCAUGGACAAGAUGACAUUACUUUUGGCAGCGCCAAGAUCCAUGCAUCUUAAGAUGAGCCCAGCUUCCUCUGACUCUGUGCCUCCUAAAUCAGAGAAUUCAGUGUCUCAGAGUAUCACCAUUGAGAAUCCCAAAAAGGAACAUUUGCGUCUCAAAUACAAGGUUACUUAUGAACAAUUUGGUGUUGAAAUGGAGCAAAGUGGCGAUUACCACGACAAUUAG